AUGGUGACAAAGUUUCUACUACUAUUGCCAAUUUUGGGCAUUGUACGAGCUGAAGUAGGUUCUGGUGGACGCAGAGCACCAUAUGCUCCAGCUGGGUGGCAUCCGCAGAUUCCGUUCAACUUACCUAACGAGUCUGUGCUUCCUAUCCGGUCAAGUCAUGGAGUAGAAAUCACAAAGGCCCGAGUGGACCAGUUCGAUCCAGUGGAAAGGCCACAGCCAAAUUAUAUUCCUCCGAAACAACUGGAUAUACUCAAGGAAGAGAUACUUCCCACCGCCCGACCGUCCAACCAGUACGGUCCGCCAGAUCCCAAAUUUAAAAUUAUUUAUCCCGACGAUGAGGAGCCAGGUACUUCGAAAGAUCUCGAAGCCAAUCAGCAGCCCAAAAUCAUAGAGGGACGAUACUUCGUCAUUUCGCAGGACAACAAACUACAGAGAGUUACUUUCAGCUCGCAGCAAAACGAGAAUGCAGAUGAUUUUACGGCUCAAUUGACUUACUCCACUGUGGGACAGCUCAAGGAUCCUGUAUAUCGAUACAACAGCCAGGGACAACUGGAGAGGGUCCUGAAGUAG